GAGCGGAGAGGGUGGAGCGAGGGGAAAGGAUGGAGAGGGGGGAGAGAGCGGAGAAGAAGAGCAAGAAGAAGAGCAGCAAGAGGAAGGGAGGGGGUAGCUCGUCGCGGUCGCGGUCGCGGUCGAGGAAGCUGCUGUUGAAGCGCGGAGAAGCGGCCAGCGGGGGCGGGGCCAGCGGGGGCGGGGCCAGCGCCGAGACGUGGGGCGGGGCCGGCGGGGAGAGCGCAGGGUACCACGCCUCCUCUGAGCACGCCCAGCCGCUGAACCUGCGGAUCAAACAGGAGGCGGAGGAGGAGGAGGCGGAGGAGGAGGAGGAGGAUGCGGAGUAUGACGACGAGUGGCUGGAGGACGACGUGAAGUCAGAAGUGGACGGAGCCGGGCCGGAGGAGUUUGACUACGGCUACGGUGACGACGACGAUGAUGACGGCGGUGGCGGCGGCGGCGGCAUUCAGCGCGGCGUGCCGCACGAGGGCCGUGUGAACCGCAUGAGGGUGCCCAUCGGCGGUCACGGCUACCGUGAGGCCCACGACACCGAGCUGGUGGCCGAGACCCUCCACGUGUGCGAGGAGUGCGGCCGGGGCUACUCGUCGCGCAAGAACCUCAAGAAGCACCUGAAGAUGCACAACAGCGCUCGCCCGCACCUCUGCGAGGAGUGCGGCAAGGGCUUCAAGGACUCGUACACGCUGCGCGUGCACCGCAUGGCGCACACGGGCGAGCGGCCGCACGUGUGCGACGUGUGCGGCAAGGGCUUCUCGCUCAACUACAGCCUCAAGGUGCACCGUCGCAUCCACACGGGCGAGCGGCCGCACGUCUGCCCCGAGUGCGGCAAGGGCUUCCGCCAGCACCCGCACCUCAAGGUGCACCAGCUGAUCCACGUGGAGGCGAUGCCGCACAUCUGCGGGGAGUGCGGCCGCGUCUUCUCCAAGCUCUCCUACCUGAAGCUGCACCAGCGCAAGCACGCGCAGGCCUGAGCGGUC